CACUGUCGCAGUUUUAACACAGCAGCGUUUGUUUCAGCAGGUCUCCCUCUCUCUCUCUCUCCCUCUCCCCCUCCCCCUCUCUCUCUCUCUCUCUCACACUCUCACACUCACACCCUCUCUCCAGAUUGCUCUGUGCUGGCUCUCCUCUCCUCUCCGGAGCAGGGGCGUGGGUGGAGCGGCUCCAAUCUCAAACUCUUUAUCCUGUUCUGCUUUUUCAUUUUUUGUUCCUCUGCUACAGCCAGGGAAAUUCUGAGAGCGGAAGGCUGCGCUGGAGAGUGUGGGGAAGUGCAAGGUGCUGGUUUUUUGUUGGUAUUUAUAGAGAGCAGAAGAGUCUGAAGCUGCAAUAGCCAACCAAUGAACAGAAGGAGAGGCUGGUAAUCAAACUCAGAAGAGAACCAGUGGAGACGGACAGACAGUCAGACAGACGGACGGACGGGCGUUCCAGCCAUGUCUUCACACGUCAAGCUGAGAAAGGAGAAAGGCACUAUUGCUGAAUAUGAGACUCAGGUCAAAGGAAGGAGCAGGACCUCCUCUCUUCAGUGAGCUGCUGGCACCUUAUCCUGAACCACACCAGACAAGAGAGCCGGGAACACGCAGCCCUGAGCGACACCUACAGCAACAGCACAGCUGUGAGGCUCUGUCACAUCACAGAGGACACCGGCCGCCUGUCCAAGAAGAGCAAAGACAUCGGUCUGCAGAUGCAGGAAGAGCUGCUCAAAGUGACUAGCGAGCUUCAGACAGCUAUGAGGACCUAUCAUCAGUACCACACGGACAGCAUGAGCGCAGAGGGGAAGCUGAAAGAAGCAGAGAAGCUGGAGGAACGUCACAUGGGCAAGUCAGCUGACCCGGGGCUCAGCCAAUCAGGCGCUGACGCCAAGCAGCAGCGGUCGAGCUCCGUGAAGAAGAUGGAGAGGCUCAAAGAAAAGAGGCAGUCUAAGUUCCUGGAGAACAAGCUGAAAUGCACGAAGGCUCGUAACGACUACCUGCUGAACCUGGCCGCUGCCAACGCAGCCAUGAAUAAAUACUACCUGCAGGACGUGUGCAGCCUGAUAGACUGCUGUGAUCUGGGGUUCCACCUCUCCCUGGGGGUGACCCUGCGGCUGUACCUCUCUGCCCAGUCCCGGAUGCAGCAGUCCCAGCAGGAGGCCCUGGGAGUGCUGGAGGGGGCGGUGCAGGGGCUGGACCCCUCCGGUGAUCAGAAGAAGAUUCUGGAGAUGAACCACACAGCCUUCUGCCUGCCCUUCCGCUUCGAAUACCAGCCGCACGAGGGGGACCAGGUGUGCGUGGUGAGCGCGGAGGCCCAGGUGAGGAACGAGCUGGUGACUCGGUUCCAGCAGCUGCAAUCCCGUCUGUCCAGCGUGAGCCUGGAGACGGAGGAGGUCAAUAAGACCCUGAAGGCGACACUCAGAGCCCUGCUGGACUCGUUCAGCAUUGAAGACUACAGCUCUCCCGACUCCCUCCAAACCAGCCAAUCGGCAGAGCCCGUCAAGAGCUCAGGCUCCGAUCCGCCCGGCAACAAACCCAACAUUGCCAAGAGGCGAGCCAAUCAGCAGGAGACUGAGAGCUUCUACUUUACAAAAGUGAAGGAGUAUCUCAGUGGAAGCAGCCUGAUCUCUAAACUGCAAGCCAAACACGACCUCCUCAAAGAGGCCAUCGAGAAAGCUGAAGCGAUCGACAGCAACCCCUCCAGGCUCCAGUGCUCCAGCAGGUCUCUGCGUGUCAGAAAGCAGCGGCCGUGCUCCCAGUACAACCACAAACUCUUUACUGGGGACCUGCAGCAGUUUGUGGAGAGCUCUGGUCAACUGAUCCCUCUAGUGGUGGAGAGCUGCAUUCGGUUCAUUAACCUGCACGGGCUGCACCACGAGGGCAUUUUCCGGGUCCCAGGGUCACAGUCGGAGGUGAACGAGAUCAGGAACGCCUUCGAGAGAGGAGAGGACCCCCUCACUGACUCGACUGAUCGCGAUAUCGACUCGGUGGCCGGGGUGCUGAAGCUCUACUUCCGAGGCCUGGAGAAGCCGCUCUUCCCACAGGAGAAAUUCCAGGAAUUGAUGGAGUGUGUCCAGAUUGAGAACAAGCUGGAGCGUGCGUGUCACAUCAAGAAGGUUGUGGGCAGCUUCCCUCAGGCUGUGCUCGUGGUCAUGAGAUUCCUCUUCGCAUUCCUCAACCACCUCUCUCAGUACAGCGAUGAGAACAUGAUGAACCCCCACAACCUGGCUGUGUGUUUCGGACCCACCCUGGUGGCGGUGCCUCCGGAUCAGGACGCGGUGUCGGUCCAGCCCCACGUAAACGAGGCGGUGAAGACCAUCAUCGCGUACCAUGAGAAGAUAUUCCCCGGGGCGCGGGAGCUGGAGGGACCCCUAUAUGAAAAGUGCAUGUCUGGGGAGGAGGAGUACUGUGACAGCACCCUGCCUGAGACCAUCGCGGAGGAGUGUGACCUGGAGCAAGAAGGAAAUCUACCUGACCCGCCCACCAGCGAGGAAGAGCUGGACUGCGCCGAGGCUGUCGCCCUGUUUGAUUACUCCGGCCGUUCACCCCAGGAGCUGUCAUUCAAGAAGGGAGACACUAUGCUGCUGCACAGCAAGGCCUCUGCUGAUUGGUGGAGAGGGGAGCUGGGCGGGACCAAGGGGCUCAUCCCUCACAAGUACAUCAGCCUGCCUGAAGCCACUGCGAGGAGGUUGGAGCUGGAGGGGACAGCAGCGAGCGUCAGCAACCUGUCUGAGGAGCCCAAGGGAGAGGCAGGGAGCAGGAUGUGUGUGAACUCGGACAGCGCCUCGCUGCCCCGCAAGAGGAGCGGCAGCAGCCCCAUCCGAAAACUGACCUCCCCCUUCAUCGAGCCCCCCCGCCUGCCCUUCCCGGGGUCCCCCUUCCCUCCACAGGGGCGCCUCCUCGCACCCCUGGACAGGUCCCAGGAAAGGCUCAACACUCCGGACACUGUGCUGGGAUUGAGCGCCCCCUUGGGGAGACACGGGGCGAGGAGCGGCCAGGACCAGCAUACAGUGCAGCUGGACAAGGACGUUACGAAGCAGAUGAAUUCCGUGUUCAAGGAGCUGCUGUCUCUAAAACAGGAACCCCCCAAACCCAGCGAGACCCCCGGGGGGACCCCGGCAAAGAAAGGGGGCACCCCCUCGACCGCAGCGUCAUCCACCCAAAAAAAAGGGUUCGGAUUGAGAGGGAGGGGGCUGUUUAAAAGUGUGACAGGAGGGGGGGCCAGCGCUGAGCAACAUGAGUAAAGAGGAGAGGAGAGAGGGAGGAGAGAGAGAGAGAAGGUGGGAGAGGAGGGGGAGAGGAGGGGGAGAGGAGGAGGAGGAGGAGAGGAGGGGGGUGCUUUACAAUGCUUCCCUAUGCUUUUCCAGACCUCUCUGUGCUUUACAAUGCUUCCCUAUGCUUUACCACACCUCUCUGUGCUUUACAAUGCUUCCCUAUGCUUUACCAGACCUCUCUGUGCUUUACAAUGCUUCCCUAUGCUUUACCAGACCUCUCUGUGCUUUACAAUGCUUCCCUAUGCUUUACCAGACCUCUCUGUGCUUUACAAUGCUUCCCUAUGCUUUACCAGACCUCUCUGUGCUUUACAAUGCUUCCCUAUGCUUUACCACAUGCUUUAUUACACUGUGCUGUGCUUUUACUGUGGGACUCUUUUCUAAGGGUUGGUGUGGGGCUGAUUUUCAGAGAGUCCAUGUUCCCUGUUAAAAGCUGGACCUACUUAAAAUGUAUUUUAUUAAUAAAUCAAAACGAUUUUAAUACGUACACAACCAAUUAUUAUCUGAACAGCCUCCCUCCCCAAAGUUGUCGUAUUUGGGUUUGGGUUUUGUUAAACAGCUUUCAAUUGAAGUCAAUUUUUCAUUGACUGACAAACAGUGAAUUUCAGUUUGAAGUGAAUUUGCUGACGAAGCUCUGUUGUAACAGAAUGCUGCGGAUUUUCAAUUCUGAUCAGAGAUGUGUGGGAAUCGAUUCAAAGGAAACAGGAAACCUGGGAAUUGAUUUUAAAAAUGAACUGGAAUAGAAAUUCCGUCUGCCUCUGUCUGCCUGUCUGUCUGUCUGUCUGUCUUUUAAACAGGAGAGCUUUAAAUGAAUCCCUGUAUACUGUAAUGCAUCGUUUUGCUUUUUUUUUUUUUUUUUUUCCUGUGUGAAGAAAUAAAAGGAAAUAUUAUGUUUCUGAGUUCUGUUCAGUGUGAUUGAAACUAGAAGAGACCGAGUCAAGCAGACCAGCGUUUGGGCUCCAGUGCCUUCAUCAGUGUGAUUGAAACUAGAAGAGACCGAGUCAAGCAGACCAGCGUUUGGGCUCUAGUGCCUUCAUCAGUGUGAUUGAAACUAGAAGAGACCGAGUCAAGCAGACCAGCGUUUGGG